AUGGACACGAUUAAUACAGGUAAAAAACAAUCUAUUUUAAACUAUUUUAAAAGAAAAGCAUCUACUUCACCUAGUCAAAAUAGUGAAUCUGGUAAGACAAAUAAAGUUCUUGUCACCUCCUGCCCUGUUACUAAUAAUGAAAAUCUGGAUGAAAAAAAUAAGGAUUGUGAUAUUGAAACCAAUUGCACGAUAAAUUCUAAUAUUCAGCUGCUUCCGCAAAUUAAUGAUAUUGCUUUAUUUAUUAAUCGUAGCUUAAAUGACGAAGAAAAGCUAUUAGUGCUUAGGAAUGUUUGGAAACCGCCAAAAAUGUAUAAAUAUCCUUUAUUGGAACAAAACAAAAAAAGAGGGCUUAUAUUUCAAUCCAAAUGGUUUGACGAAUUUUCUUGGCUUGUAUAUUCUGAAAUAAAAAAGGGAGCUUUUUGUAAAUUUUGUGCUAUAUUUUCAAAAACUGGUGGAGCUCUAAAUCAGCCACUUGGGCAGCUUGUAUUAGUAGAAUAUACCAAUUGGAAAAAAGCUAAAAAGGUGUUUCAAAAUCAUUGUAAGUUGGAAUACCAUAUAAAUGCCACAUUAGAUGCUGAGCAUUUUAUAAAUGUAUUAGAAAAAAAAGAGAAAUCCAUUAUUGAACAGCUAGAUUCUGACAGAAUAGUUCAAGUAAAAAAAAAUAGAAAACGUUUGGUACCUAUCAUUGAAUGUAUCCUCCUGUGUGGUAGACAAGAGUUAGCUUUGAGAGGUCACCGAGGAGAGAAAAGAAAUAUAUUAAUUGAUGAAAAUGCUAUUCAAAAUGCUGGCAAUUUCCGUGCUAUUUUGCAAUUCAGAGCCAAAGGGGAUAUAUUUUUACAAAAUGUCUUAGAAGGGACAGAUACAAUUAAUGAAGCCCAGUGCUUUUCUGUACUUGCUGAUGAAACUACAGAUAUCUCUACAUCCGAACAGCUGACUUUAUGUGUCCGAUACAUUGAUUCUGAAGGAAACUUAAAUGAAGACUUUUUGAAAUUUAUUAUUGUAGAGAGUUUAACUGGUAGUGAUCUGUCCGCAGCAAUAUUGAAUGGUUUAGUUGAAUGCGGCCUAGACUGUGCGUUCUUAAUCGGGCAAGGCUACGAUGGUGCCAGUAACAUGAGUGGAAAGGUUCAAGGAGUCAAGUCUUAUAUUCAAACUAAAUAUCCGAAAGCUAUUUACGUACACUGUGCUGCACAUUCCCUAAAUCUUGCAGUCUCAACAGCAAGUGACUUAAAGCCGAUAAGAAACUGUUUAGGGAUAAUUGAAAAAGUGUAUACAUUUCUGAACACGCCUAAACGAAGUGCGGUCAUGUUUCAUGUCAUUGACAAUGAAAAUGCAGAUUUAAAUAUAAAAAAACUGAAAAGACUUUGCGCUACUCGAUGGAUACAGCGUUAUGACGCUGUUAAUGAUUUUUGUGAAUUACUGCCAUAUGUUAUGAUAUCAUUAGAUAAAAUAUCAGAAUGGAGAGAUUCAUCAGGUGCAGAUGCUUCAAUACUGAAAAAGGCUAUUGAUAGUGAAUUUUUAAUUUCAUUAUUUGUCAUAAAAAAAUUAUUUUCAUUUGGACUUCCACUAUGCAGACAAUUACAGUUAAAAAGAAUUGACCUCAAGGAUGCUGUGCAACUUGCAGAAGAUACAAUAACUUCUUUAAAAAAUAUUAGAGAAAAUAUAGAACAAGAAUUUCAAAUUAUAUAUAACUCAGUGAAAGAAAUGGCAAACAUUAUUGAUGUAGAAAUAAAAGCAAAAAGAAUUACAAAUAAGCAGAAACACCGAGCUAAUUACAAGACUGAAAAUGAUGAAAACAUGGAGUUAGUUGAUUUUUUCAGAAUUUCAAUAUUUAUACCAUAUAUAGAUAAUUUUAUUUCUCAAUUAGAGUUAAGAUUUGUGGAUCAUAAAAAAAUUUUUGAAGGAUUUGAAUGUUUAUUUUCUAAUCAAUCCUCUAAAGAAGAAUUAGAAUCAUUCAACAAUUUAUUAGAGUUUUAUACGCCUUUAAUCGAUUCCAAUAAUUCAACAGCAGAAUUAAUGCUGUGGAAAGUUAAACUCUCCAGGCUAAAUAUUGUUCCAAAAACAAGUCUCGAAGCAUUUUUGCUGUGUGAUGCAAAAAUAUUUCCAAACAUUAAUAAAUUAUUAAAAAUUUUAUGCACGUUACCCGUUUCGACAGCGACCCCCGAAAGAACUUUUUCAACACUUAAAAGAGUUAAAACUUAUUUAAGGAAUACUACGGGUCAAAAUCGACUUAAUGGACUUUGUAUGCUAUCAGUUCACAAAAAUAUAAAUGUCACACCUGAUGAGGUACUCAAUAUACUUUCGUUGUCCUCAAGAAAAUUGGACUUUGUUUUAUAG